CCGCCCUGGGAAUGGAAACAUCUUUCCCACGUGUCGAGAGCUUCUCCUCCACUUACCCAGAACCCCCCGGCCUGUCAUCGCGAGAUCUGCUCGUUGAAAUGGACGCCUCCAGUCAAGGGAAUUUUGAGACGCUAGACCUUGCAGAACUUGCCAAAAAGCAGCCAUGGUGGCGCAAACUGUUUGGACAAGAGACAGGGCCUUCAGCUGAGAAGUACAAUGUGGCGACCCAGCUGUUAAUCGGGGGUGUCACUGGUUGGUGCACAGGUUUCAUAUUUCAGAAGGUUGGGAAGUUGGCCGCUACUGCUGUGGGAGGUGGAUUCUUCCUCCUUCAGCUUGCAAAUCACACUGGCUACAUCAAGGUUGACUGGCAGCGAGUCGAGAAGGACAUGAAGAAAGCCAAGGAACAGCUGAAGAUACGUAAGAGCAAUCAGAUACCCGUGGAGGUAAAGAGUAAAGCAGAGGAGAUGGUGUUAUUCGUGAAGAAGAACGUUCUCGUGACUGGUGGCUUCGUUGGAGGCUUUCUGCUUGGCAUGGCAUCUUAAGGAGGAUGGUUUCGCCCAGCUCACCAUAUUCUUAACUCCAUCCUAGGACAAGACAUUCUCCUCUUUUCCUGUGCCUUCCUCCCCUUGGGCAGAUCUGAAUGGCUUUAACCAGCAGCCGUUGGAACAGAUUCGGCACACCCUGGUGCACUUGGCAAUGAUUGACAGAAGAGACAGUAGAUAAGACUAGCUAGCUGCCUUUCCCCGCACAUUCCCCAAUUUUGUCAACAUUAGGUCAGUAUAUGAUGGCUUCUCUCUUCACUGUGCUACUGAAUAUGGACCGUGAGUGGACGUUCAAAGGUGUCCAGUCUGUCUGGGAAAGAACUAAUGCACUUCAACACCUGUGCUACAUGGAAAGAAACUGAAUACAUUGACCUUUGAGCAUGAAAGAUUUUGGUAUGUGGUGUCUGCUUUCUUUUACCUUACAGAAAGAGCUCAUAUCUGCUCUGAUGAUCUUGACAAAAGGGCGCCAUACACACUGUAGUGGGGAAGAGACUUUUGGAACAGCCUUGUGCUAAAGGAGCAUAUGCACAGUUUGAGUAUGUACUUAGUACAGGAGGUCCUUGGAGCCCUCGGCAAUGCGCAUCCUUGGAUGGGCAGACUCAAAAUCAUGUAUUGGCCUGAAGAUACUUGACAUGGCUGUUUCCUGCCAUACACCAUCAAGUAGCUCAUGACCUUCUGUGGGUUCAUUUGGAAAUAAAGGGUUUAUUUGGGUGAUGAGAUAAGCCAUUUGGUGUGGGAAAGAAGAAAUUUUAGAAUUUCUUUUUCGUGGAAAGGGUUUGUUUGAAGUUUGGAAAUGUGAGGUACUCUUCACCUCUCAUCCAUAUAUUGAGAUUGUAUUUGCUCCUCUGUGCUAGAUAUCUUUCUUUAUCCUGUUAGUAUGGAAUGUCACCAUUUGAACAAGAGUUUUGAAGUUACAGUAUUCCAGGUAUGCAGAAAUGAGAGUGGUAGGACUAACAGUGUGAAAUAAAUGAUUUACCUUGUCAAAUGCAAUCUGCUGUUUCAUGAUGACCCCAGUUCUUGCCAUUAUUCUUGAACACUUUGGAGACAGGAAUAAGAGUACAGAAGAUACAAGUACCUGUCUUGCAUGGAACCCAUCCUGGUAUGAUCUUUGGCACUUUGUUCCCUGAGCACUCCUAGGUGUAGUCCAAUCCAUACCUCCCAAAGUUGAGAGACACACACUGGUAAUCAUGGCACACACUGCUGCUACACUAGCUGUGGAUACUAUGUGUUGAGCACUGUGGAACAGUUUUCCACUGCACAGUGGUGAAGGAAGACAAUUUUUAAAGACCUAUGUGCAUGGGCAGUGCUGGUGUCCUCAAGAAGCUGUAUUCUUCACAGGCACUUGUGGAGAUAAAGAAUGACCUUUCCAAAGGGGAAAAAGUUUUUGAGUCUGAUUCCUGAGAAUUUAAGAGCUUUUAAAUCAAUUCUUAAACUUGUAAUUGAUUCUUGAAAAGGGUAUGCUUUUCUUUGAGGGGGGCUCUACCUGGUGGUGCUCUGGAGUCAUUCCUGGCUGUGCUCAGGGGACCAUAUGAGAUGCCAGGGAUGGAGUGAAUGUCAACAAUGAAAAAGGUAUGUUCUGAAGGCCUCCAUUGUGAACAUAUGACUUGGCAUUGGAUUGAAUUUGGAAGAGAAGCUAUCAGUGGAUGUGUAGAACUUUUGAUAAGAAUUUGUCCAUUUGCAUUUUUCCUCAUUACUGUAUUUUAAAAGCAGUGUAAGUUCUUUUGCUUGCAAUUUGUAUGAACCCCCUCAUUUAUGACAAAGGUGAUUUUCUUUGUAAACUUUGUAAACUUUUGAGUGUGAUGUGUAUGAACUUCCAAACAAAACUCGAACACUGACCUCGUGUACCUCAUGACCUUCAGUGAACAAUACACCUUGUUGGGAAGAAA